AGCACUACCAGCACCAAUUACAUUAUGUGGCAGUGCAUAGCAAGUGUUUGACAACACAAUGUUAAGUGAUAGUAUGCGCAUACUGGUAUUUGAGUAUAGUCGUUAAUGUUACAGACUUAUGUCCUCGAGUAUUUUACACAAAUCGAGUUUAGGGUGGCGACGAACAUUGGGUGCGGUUUGAACUUCAAGCGGUAUUUCCCCAUGUUCUAUCCUAUUCAUUAUACCAAUUUAUGAAUUAUGUCCUCAAAAACAUCAUACAUUUCGUAGUUGAUAGUGAAAUCAUUAAUAGUAAUUACUUGUACAAGACGCUAUAACGCCUAACACUUCAAACAGCGUCUGUAAGCACGCUGUUAUCUAGUCAUCAGCAGAAGACGCGAAUGCGCGCGCUUUUGUCUCGGGCCCUUUAAGACGCGGACUAGGGUGGUGCCAGCAGUAGCAAAGCAAAGUACAGCGAAGCUGUGUGCUCAGGAAGCGGAGAUUCCCAUACAUUUCCCAAAAAAUUGAAGGCGUGUUUACAUUGUUUUAAGGUUUUAAGUUUUAUUUAGCUGCAUUUAAUUCAAUAAUGCUGGAUGGUCGCACUGAUGAGAUUCACCAAGGACAUUUGCUGGCUGCUGGGGUUUGGAAACGAAUCCCCCGGGGAGUCACAGCGGCCGGAGGAGUCCCAAGAGAAGGAAGGCCCAAGCCCUGAGAAGAAUGAAGAGGUCACGCUGUCACAGGACGUGCUGAGUGGGGAGGAGGGUCUCAGUGAGGAGGAGAGAGCCAGGCGCAGAGCAGAGCGUCGCAGAGCCAGGAGAAAGCGUCAACGUGAACGAAAGAAACAAGAUAAAGAGAAGAAGAGUGAGAGAAGAGAGCAGGACAGGGAGGAUGUGGAGGAGGAAGAGGAGGGGGAGGAGGGGGAAGGAGCCGAGUCGGAGCUGGGGGACAGCGAGUCCGAGGAGGAAGAGGAGAACGGACCGGAGCGGGUGGAGGAAGAGCAGAGGACCCCCCGCACCAAGGACAGGCUCAUUCCCCCGCUGGCAUCUUCAGGAAACCGUGGCAACCGCCAGACCCCGCCUGUCUCCUGUGAGGAGGCUCCUGAGUGGGAUGUUAGCUGCGCUUUCGUCGCUAAAGCUGCCAGCCAUAUCAGACCAAAGAGCAGGACCAGGUCCGGCGGCCCCAGGUCUGGUCCCAGGUCCAAAGAGAACAAGGAGAACGAGAGCAGAACCAGAGGGGUUAACAGUACAGAAUCUGUUAGUAAAAGAAGCACCUCAUUAACAGAAAAAGGGAUCAAGCUGGUGCAGCAGGGAAAAUACUCCCAGGCCGCCAGCAUGUUCACUGAAGCCAUUAAAUACAACCCCACAGACUACAGGUUUUUCGGGAAUCGCUCCUACUGCUACGAGUGUCUGGAGCAGUACCCCUUGGCUCUCGCCGACGCAGAAAGGUCUAUCCAGCUCGCCCCGGAGUGGCCCAAGGGAUACUUCCGCAAGGGAAGUGCACUGAUAGGGAUGAAGAGGUACAGUGAAGCGGAGAAGGCCAUGGAGUUGGUGUUGCAGCUGGAUAAGGACUGUGAGGAGGCAGUGACUGAGGUCCUCAACUGCAGAGUCCUGCAGCUCAUGGAGCUGGGCUUUGAGGAGACUCAGAGUGUGCUGUUGCUGGAGAGGUACUCCACAGUGCAGGCUGUGCUGUCUUCCCCAGAGGCUGCUAAGGUGAUGAACCAAGACUCUAUUCAGGACCAGGCAGGCCCCCCGUGCUGCUCUCUGUGGGUGGGCAAUGUCACAGCUGAGCUGACUGAGAAGCAUCUGUGGGACCUUUUCAAAACUUUUGGGGAGAUCGACAGCAUUCGAGUUCUGCACGAGCGCUUCUGCGCCUUCGUUAACUUCAGGAACGCCAACAUGGCCGCCCGCGCUCUGGAGAAGCUGCACGGGGUGGAGCUUGUGAACACCAGGCUGGUGAUUCGUUACCCAGAACGUCGAACCCAGAGAGUUUCCGCCCCCUCAGCCCUUCCACAGGUCACCGCUGCUAGAGCUUGGCGCAGAGGACCGGUCCAAGGGGGCGAGUGCUACUUCUGGAGGACCACCGGCUGCCACUUCGGGGAGAAGUGCCGCUACAAGCACAUUCCGGAACAGCGCGGGCGGGACCGGCAACCCUGGCAACCCUGAGCCCCGCCCCCCCCAUGUACCUGAGAAGAAAGAGGGGCGGGGGUGACCUCUGAGGAACAAAGAGAGGGUGUGGCUACCUUCUGGAACUGCCCCUUGGUACAAUCUGACCACGCCCCUUCACCUAGUCCCACCCACUUCUACGCACCUUACCACAGCGCCAAACGCACUGCCUGGGAAAAUGAGCAGGGCCUCAUGGGAAUUGAAGUCUUUGCCCUCUCAAGCUUCGAGCGGCUUCUGUGGUUGGCGGUUUGGGGUCAGUUAGGGGUUCUGCCCAAAGGACUUGCACUGUUACGCCAUUAUGCCUGCCUCUCCCCUCCCUUUCUCUCUCCUCCACACCCUCAACAAUCCCUGGGGACUCGUUUAAGACAUUUUCCUUUUCAUGGGGGUUGUGGUGCACCAUUGCCAAGACUACACUUUCCAUCUCUGCCCUUGAAAAAAAUCCC